AUGAAGGAGCAUGAGCAAGGCGUUGAGAAGGCAAGGGCUGUCAUCAGCUUUGAUAUCCUGAAAUUGGCCCCUACUAGCUCCAGCCGGUUUGGGUUUAUCGACGACAGUAGCAUUACGGGCUUCAUAUCUUUCGUCAAGCUCGCUGAAGAAUUGACGAACAAAGCCGUCCGCACCUGUCUUGAUAAUCCACAGCUUUUCCCACCAGAGAGCAAGACAUACAUUGUCUGCGCAACGCUCAACAACAACGUCGUUACUGCUCCUGAGCAACUGCGUGUCAUUGUUCAGUGGCACUACGAGUGGUCGAACCAAGCACUCAUCGACAACGACACACAUCUAGGGACAGUCUUUAUCGACGGGCGAAGUGGAUCGCCUCGGGCCUAUGUAGAGGAUAGAGAUAUCACAGACGUUCCCGAGAAUGCUCCAGCAUGGAGAGUCGCUGUUGAAAAUGGACAAACGCGGUAUCAACUAACAAUUAGCAAUGUUGUCAUUGAGUCGCAAACCAACCCUCCUGUCAACCAGUGGAUUCUCAAUGGACAGAAGUGGAUUAUGUGGAACGGGCACAGCUGGGCCAGUCAGUAG